AUGGCGACUGCAGAAAACUCACCUGUGAGCUCUGCAAAGCUGACGGAACUGGGCAAAGCGCUCGAUCAGACGUCUAUCUCUAGUGUAAAUGGUGGUGUGUCACCCGUUGCGACCCAAAAAGUGCCAAGUAACGCGUCAGAAGAGAUGGAAGAUGAUGAUAAGGACGACAAAAAUGACGACGAUGUAGCUAGUCCACAGACGAUGAAAAUAUCAACUAAGAGUCCAAAGAAACGUGGUCGCACUGAUAGUUUAAAGAAAAUGCUACCGGCUCCAGCCUCGCAGCGUCACAAACAGGUGAUGCUUUUCUCUCAGUCGCCAUUGCAAGGAAGCGACGAAGAAUUGACUGCAUCGCCUUCGUCUCAGGAAAUGCCACGGCCACAGCAACGACCACAAGGUCAACCUGCAAAAUUGAUGGUAAAAGAUCGAAGAGGGAGUGGCAUGGGUGUCCCACGAGCUCAUUUGAUACUAAAUGCUGUCAAACAAGCACCUCCAGCCAAGGAAAAGUCGAAUCCGAGACGAUGGUCGAAGCACGAGGAUGAGUCAUUGCGAUUGGCAGUGGAGAGAAGUGGCGAACGUAACUGGAAAGCAAUUGCUGAUCAGGUUCCGGGACGAAAUCACACCCAGUGUUUGCAGCGGUGGACCAAGGUGCUCAAGCCAGGCUUGAUUAAGGGACAUUGGACACCCGAAGAAGACGCGAAACUGCGGGACCUGGUGGCGGAAGGCAAAAAGAAUUGGGGACAAGUCGCCUCUCUCAUUCCAGGGCGAACUUCCAAGCAAUGCAGAGAGCGCUGGUGCAACCACCUGGACCCAAAUAUUAACAAGGGGUCUUACACUGACGAUGAAGACAAGAUUAUCGUUGAGAUGCAAGCCAAAUUAGGCAAUCGUUGGUCUAUCAUUGCACAGCAACUCAAGGGUCGAACGGAAGAUGCAGUUAAAAUUCGCUGGAAAUCGCUGAUGCGUGGACGGAGGGCUGCUUCUAAAGAAAGAAAACCUUCUAGCACUGGACCUGCAUCGCUUGCAGCUGCUACUGCUGUCAUUACAACGUCGCCGUUGCCAGUAGAUGUGGAUCAACCGAAAACGAAACCUUCUAAAACCAGCCCCGCUCGACGGAAUAAUCGUACUUCAGCCGCCGAAACAGUGGCAAACUUAGCGAUAAAAACGGAGCUGGAAGCGGUACCAGAAUAUAAAGCUGUAUCAGUUGCGACUUCUAUUACCGGUAGCGAGAGCACUUCGGCUGGAAACAUGACAAACACAAUGUUUGUGAAGAGUAUGCACGCGUUGGCUCCCGCAUCACAUCCGGAUAUAACGACAGUCAUGGGUGGGACGAGCAAUGCGAUGCACGUGAAUGACCUGGUCGCUGCGUCGAUUCACAACUUUCAGAUGAGUCAGCGGUUUCACCCAAGCUCGACAGUGCAUGCUAACAACGCGUUGUAUCAAGGCACCAAUCAAUUGAUGAAUACUGUUGUGCCAGAAAACCAACAUGCACCUGGUGUUUACGCGAUGGCCAGUGGAGGAAUGGAGGCCUAUAACAUGACCAUGCAUCCGCCGCGAAUGCCGCCACCACAGCAUCCGUCACAUCAGCACAUUGAACAUCAGCAACUUCCGCCAACGUACCAAUUUCCACCCGGAUACACGAUGCAGCAAAAUUUGGGAGUGAUGUCAAACUACGGGGCGCCAACUAGUUUUCCGACAUCGAAUCAAAUGCAGAUGCAAAUCCAGAUGCAUAUGUCCAUGACCAUGCCAGUAUCAUCUUCGAUGCAGCUGAUGCCUCCAACACAAACGUAUUCGUCCCAGGCGAUGGCUAUGGCAAUGACAAAUGUUCAGUAUUCACAACACGCGCCUAUCGUGCAUCAAGGUUUUAGCGGCGCACCACUUCAUCCUCGAGUGAUGUCAACGGCCACUUUAUCAGGGACAUCUACGCAGCCUACAAUGCUCUCCACUAGUGAUGGAUUCACUGCAAGUAGUGGCAACAGUAACAGUAGUGCGGUCAAUGGAAACAGCGUGGCGAAUGCUGGUCUUCCACCUUCUUCGGCUGCUGCGGCAGGUGCUAGAGGAAAAGGGCUGAAUACACCACGGGAAGAGUGGGGUUCUUCACAGACUCCGCGGUCUCAAAUGAUCAUGACAGAAGGCCACGCAUCCGCUUACGAGUUGUUUCAUCAACAGCGACUUCGAUUAAUGCUACAGGAGCGAGACAAGCAGGGCAUGACGCUAUCCUCAGCUCCAUCACCGGGCCAAGCGUUACUCACGAAAGAGCUGGAGGCUAACAAGGAGCGUCAAGCGCGGCAAGCAAUUAUGCACAAAGGGUGGAAAAGCGCGGUGGAAUCCAUGAUCCCUUUCAACAGCGUCAGCGAUCUAUCGACCUUGGACGAUCAGCAACGGUUUGAUGGUCUACUUGAGAAACCAUCACUGUCAGCUCUUGAUCCAACAGACGACGAGAUGCUUGACCAGACAGUCGACAUUAUUUCGGGAGAUGAUACUGUGGACCUAUGA